UUGUUCAAAUGAUUAAAAUAUCUAAACAAAUAGAACAAUCGACGAUGCACAUAUUACGAUAUUGUUUGACUCGCGGUAACGUCAUACACAUUUAUACGCGUCCGAGUAAACGUUUUAUUCGAUAAAGAAUAAUAUUUUAUUAACCCUCUCUAUAUUUUAAUAUUCUUGUCUACGGCAAAUAAUUAAUCUGCCCGAAAACGGCAUCGACUGUACGACCCGAAAACGUCAAAACCACCAUGCAGGUAUCUGAUAAUUUGCUGCAUGUCAUACCCAACGCAAGAUCGCAUAUCUUGUAAUAAUAUACUGCAAUAUGUACCUACCUACAUCGUUAUUACAGUUCGGUAAAAAACUGAUUUAUUUUUCUGCCCUGUUUGUUUACCGUUCGCUACGCAUGUAUAGAACGAACGACGUAAAUGUGGGCCCAAUUUAUUGAUUCGGCCGGGAGAACACUUCCUCUCGCGCUUUUCCCAUCUUUCCGCCGGCACGCUCUGUGCGCGCUAGUUCAUCCCUGCCACAUUACAACACGAUAUCACGCAUUCGUCGUGUUAUUUGCAACGCAAUAAUAAUAUUGUUAUCGUUUUUGAAUAUCACCGACGGCCCAUCGAAUAAUGGAUAGAAUACCACCACAAUAUGAUUACUAUAACACAACUGAUGAACCAUGGCUGUCUGAUAAUAUGCCAAUUACAAAUGAAAGUUCUUCAGGAUCUGGUGAAUUGUAUUCCACAUUUACCACUCCGGUUUCUCCAAUUGAACGAUCUACAAGCUUGAAUGCUACUAAAUUGAUGGACAAAUUAAAUGAACAAUGCUCCAAAGAACGAAACAAGUGUGAGAACUAUGUUUUGCCAUCUUCGUCGAGUAUGAGUUUCACCGAUGCGGAUAGUUUACACCCGUUGUCCGCUCAUUCGAGGUUCCAAUUAUCCGACAUGCCAAUAGAACUGCAGCCCGAAAAGUCAUUGAAAAAACGCUCGUGGUUCUUUUUGGCUUGGGUCACUAGUCUGGACUUCAUCAUCGAACCUCAGAGCUUUUGUUACGUGGCUUGGUUAAGCCUAGUGACCAUGUGCUACCUGUAUAACUGUUGGGUAAUACCGUUGCGUAUAACAUUCCCGUAUCAGACGCCGGAGAACCUAUGGAAGUGGAUGUUGCUAGACUAUUGCACGGACGCAAUCAAUUUACUUGACACAUUUGUCAUCAAACCUCGAAUCAUGUACCUUAAAGAUGGGUUUUGGGUGCGUGACCUGAAACUCAUCGAAGUCAACUAUUUGGAAAAACUACAAUCGAAAUUGGAUAUAAUUUCUCUUCUGCCAGCUGACUUGAUAUGUCUAACACCAGGAUUAACUUCAGAAAUGUUACCUUUGAUGAGACUAAAUCGAAUAAUUAAGAUUCAGACGUUUUGGGAAUUCUUCGACCAUUUCGACAGCGUUUUGUCGUCGCCGUAUGUAGUCCGAGUUACAAGAACAUUGACGUACAUGGUCUACUUAGUGCAUUUAAAUGCGUGUGCGUAUUACUAUGUUUCGGUUAAAGAAGGGCUUGCUACGAACAACUGGGUGUUCAACGGUCAGGGGAACGCGUACAUACGCUGUUUUUUCUUCGCCACCAAAACAGCAACGUCCAUCGGCAAAAAUCCACAUCCGGAAAACGAAGCUGAAUAUUUGUUCAUGACUGCUAGCUGGCUGAUGGGCGUUUUUGUGUUUGCAAUUUUAAUCGGACAGAUUCGUGACAUAAUAGCAACAGCCACUAGGUCUCAAACCGAAUACAGGAAACUUCAAGACGAGACGUUAGAAUAUUUGAGGAAAUUGAACAUACCUCCACGAAUACGGCAACGGGUAGAACAAUGGUUUUCGUUCACUUGGGAACAGCAAAGAACUUUAGAUGAAAAUCGUAUUUUGGACUCUCUGCCACAUAAAAUGAAGACCGACGUAGCCAUCAACGUGCACAUGAAGACGUUGAACAAAGUGCAGUUGUUCAAAGACUGUGACAAAGCUUUAUUACGAGAGCUGGUGUUAAAAUUGCGACCGAUAUUAUAUUUACCAGGCGAUUAUAUAUGCCGAAAAGGUGAAGUCGGCAAAGAAAUGUACAUCGUGAAAACCGGACAGGUGCAAGUAGUCGGUGGUGAAAACGACGACGAAGUAUUAGCCACGCUCACGGAAGGAUCGGUGUUCGGCGAAAUCAGUUUGUUGAGCCUGUGUGGUACUAACCGGAGAACGGCGGACGUCAGGUCUCAUGGAUUUUCCAAUAUUUUUGUUCUAAGCAAAGAAGAUCUUAAUGAAGCCAUUAAGUUUUACCCGAACGCCCAAGAAAUACUUAAACGUAAAGCGAGGGAGCUGAUUCAACAAAACGCAGCUAGAGAACACAGACAAAUACCCAAUGAACUACUAAACGACCAAUACGGAAACAGUACGGACAACUUGAUGCGAGUUUUGUAAAUCUACUCUAGUCCAAAAUAUUUAAACAUCGAACAUCGUAAACUACUUUAAAUUUGAUAAAUAUACAAAAUAUAAUAUUAUUUCCAUGAUUAUAAUAUACUUACACUACAUAA